AUGGGUAUUUCUCGUGAUAACUGGCAUAAGCGACGUGCAACAGGUGGAAAACGUUCUGCCCCUCAUAAAAGGAGAAAAUACGAAUUGGGUCGACCUGCAUCUAAUACUAAGAUCGGUGCGAAACGUAUUCAUUUAGUACGCUGCCGUGGUGGAAAUAUUAAGCGUCGCGCUCUUAGAUUAGAUGUUGGAACAUUUUCAUGGGCAUCGGAAGGAUGUACUCGCAAGACUCGUAUUGUUGACACCGUUUAUAACGCUUCAAACAACGAGUUAGUACGUACGAAGACAUUAGUUAAGAAUUCCAUUAUUACGGUGGACGCUGUACCGUUUAGACAAUGGUAUGAAGCCCAUUAUGCUUUACCGUUAGCACGAAAAAAAGGUGCAAAGCUUACAGAUGAAGAGGAAGCUCGAAUUAAUAAGAAACGUUCAAAGGAUACACAAGAAAAAUAUACAAAAAGACAAAAAAUCGCUGAAGUGGAACCGCACUUGAUUGAGCAAUUUCAGAGUGGUCGCCUUCUUGCUUGUAUUAGCUCUCGGCCAGGGCAGGUUGGACGCGCUGAUGGUUAUAUAUUAGAAGGCAAAGAAUUAGAAUUUUAUCUUCGUAAGAUACGUGCCAAAAAGGCUAAAUAA